GCCACAAACUAAACUUGAAAAAAGAAGCAAUGACUACUUCUUCCCCUAAUAAGUCUCGUCCCUUGGCUAAUUUUCACUCAACUGUUUGGGGUUAUCAUUUCCUUUCUUAUACUCCUGAAAUAAGUAUCCAAGAAAAGGUUGAAAUUGAUGAGUUAGAAGAGAUAUUCAGGAAAAUGUUGGUGGAAACUUGUGACAAUAGCACUCAAAAACUUGUGUUGAUAGACACAAUCCAACAACUGGGAGUAGCAUAUCAUUUCCAUAAUGAAAUCAAAACAUCCAUUCAAAACAUUUUUGAUACGACAAUAUCCCAACUACACAGUGAGAAUAUUGAUGGCAACCUUUACGUUGUUUCUCUUCGUUUCCGACUACUGAGGCAACAAGGACAUCACAUCUCUUCUGCUGAUGUCUUCAAGCAAUUCAUGGACCAAGAUGGAAAAUUCAAGGAAACACUUACUAAUGAUGUCCAAGGUUUAUUAAGUUUGUAUGAAGCAUCACAUCUGAGAAUGCGCGAUGAGGAGAUUCUUGAAGAAGCUCUUACCUUUGCCACCAAUCAUCUCGAGUCUAUUGUCUCCAACUUGAGCAAUAACUCUCUUAAGGUUGAAGUUACUGAAGCCUUAAAACAGCCUAUUCGCAAGACUUUACCAAGGGUGGGAGCUAGGAAAUACAUAUCCACUUACGAACACAAUGAUGCACACAACCAUUUGCUUUUGAAAUUUGCUAAAUUGGAUUUUAACGCGCUCCAAAAGCUGCAUCAGAGUGAGCUUAGCGAGCUAACAAGGUGGUGGAAAGAUUUGGAUUUCGCAAACAAAUAUCCGCAUGCAAGAGACAGACUCGUUGAGUGUUACUUUUGGAUAUUAGGAGUGUAUUUUGAGCCUAAAUAUAGUCGUGCAAGAAAAAUGAUGGCAAAAGUAAUCAAGAUGACUUCAAUUAUUGAUGACACGUAUGAUGCUUAUGCAACCUUUGACGAACUUGUGCCGUUCACUGAUGCGAUCCAGAGAUGGGACAUUAGUGUGAUUGAUUCACUACCGCCAUAUAUGAGACCUGCUUAUCAAGCCCUUAUUGACGUUUACAAUGAAAUGGAACAAUUAUUGGCUAAAGAAGGUAAAUCGGACCGUGUAUACUAUGCAAAAUAUGAGAUGAAGAAGUUGGUAAGAGCCUAUUUUAAGGAAGCUCAAUGGUUGGAUGCUCGUUAUAUUCCAAAAUGUGAGGAGCAUAUGAAGAAUGCACUUGUAAGUUGUGGGUAUAUGAUGGCAGCAACAACUUCCUUGAUCGGUAUGGACGAAUUUAUAAGCAUAGAGACUUUUGAAUGGAUAAUAAAUGAGCCUUUAAUAGUUCGUGCAGCAUCGAUAAUUAAUAGAGGAAUGGACGAUAUCAUUGGACAUGAAGAUGAACAACUAAGAGGACAUGUAGCUUCAAGUAUUGAAUGCUAUAUGGCAGAAUAUGGAGCGUCGAAGCAAGAGGCAUAUACUAAGUAUCAUAAAGAAGUUGUCAAUGGAUGGAAGGACAUAAACAAAGAACUCCUCUUUCGUCCAACUGAAGUACCAAUAUUUGUUCUCGAACGAGUUUUAAAUUUUGCACGUGUGAUGGACACUCUAUAUAAAGAAGAAGAUGGAUACACAAACUCCAAAGGCAAACUUAAAAACAUAAUUAACUUGUUACUGGUUGAACCUGUCAAAAUAUGAGGAUAAUUAUGCCAGAACAACAAUAAUCAUUUUCUCUAAUGUUUCUUCAAUAAAAUAUGACAAUGAAUAAUGGAAAAACCAUCAAGUUAUUCUAGUUUUUGUAUCUCCUUAGCAUGUGAGGACUCAAGUUGAAAUUGGUGUAGUAGUGUCAAAUUGGAAAUGUACAUUCCGAAUAGGUUUUUCCUCAAAGUGAUAAUAUUUCUAUUAAUUGUCAUCGUUA